AUGGGUCUCGUCGACUAUUCCGAAUCCGAAUCCUCCGGGUCCGAAGCGGAAGCUCCCACGAAGCAGGUCACCAAGCCCAAGACGGCCGCCAACAGUAAACGGAUACCCUCGGUCAUCGACAAGGGCAAGAUCAUUGUCAACCUCGCCGGCACCGCGACAGCCGCCACGCCAGCCCCGGGUGACGAGCCCCCCGCCAAGCGAGCGCGCACUACGGGCGGCGGCGGGCGCUUUGCCGGAUUCAACUCGUUCCUGCCGCCACCAAAGAACGCGGCGGCCAAGCCAGGGCCAGGAGGCUCCAAGGUCGCGGCACCAGUCUUGGGCGGCCUCCGGACGAGUGCGGCGCCCGGCUUCAGCAGAGACGCGGCGGGCACAACGGCUACCGGCGGCGAUGAUGGAGACGCGGGGGACUCUGCGCCGAGGAGCCUGCCGCCGCCAAAGAGCGAGAUGGCGGCGCCGUCGAUUCCAGAGGGCCAGAAGCCCGCGUCCGAGGUCAAGCUCACGGGCAAGCCGCUCAUGUUUCGCCCGCUGUCCGUCGCCAAAAGCAAGAAGAAAAAGACAUCCACCGCCGCCGCCAAACCCGUGCCCGCAGAACCCACGCCGACACCCGCGCCCGAACCACCCAAGAAGAAAGCCUCCCUCUUCUCCAUCCCGACCGACGACACAGCGCCCGCGCCCGGCCCGGCCCUGCCCAGCGGCGGCGCCUACGAGCCUCUGUUCGAGACUGCUGCCACGGCCACGCAAGACGACAGCGGCGCCUACGCCGACGCGGCCCCUGCUGGCGAACCCGAGGCGGCGGAGUCGGUGGGCGCCAUGGCCGACGACAUGAACCUGUCGGCGGCGGCGCGGCGCGCGCUCUUUGGGCGCGGCGGCGGGGACGCGCGCGCGGCGGCACAGCGCGUCGUCAACUUCAACAUGGACGCCGAGUACCGGCACAACGAGGCGCUGCGGGCGAGCGGCGAGCAGCAGACGUACAACCCGGUGCGCGCCAUCCAGGGCAGCGGCAAGAACAGCCUGCGGCAGCUCGUCAGCAACGUGCAGGGCCAGCAGGACGCGCUCGAGGAGAGCUUCGCCAAGGGCAAGUCGAACCGCCGGGAAGCGUCGAGCCGGUAUGGCUGGUGA